AUGGCUUGCCUUUCUCUACGAAAAACUUCUCUCUUUCUUACCUUAUUGUUCUUCUCAUCCUUUACCAUCGUUGCUCGUGCAAUUGUUCCGCAGAAUGAGACUUUCAAGUUUGUGAACUCGGGUGAACUUGGACCCUUCAUUGUAGAGUAUGGUGCUGAUUACCGAAUGAUAAGCAUCUUCAACUCUCCUUUCCAAGUUGGUUUCUACAACACCACCCCAAAUGCCUUCACUCUAGCUUUGCGUGUUGGACUCCAACGCUCGGAGCAACUAUUUAGAUGGGUGUGGGAGGCUAACAGAGGCAACCCAGUUAGAGAGAAUGCCACUUUUUCACUUGGAACUGAUGGAAACCUUGUGUUGGCUGAUGCUGACGGUAGAAUUGCUUGGCAAACCAAUACUGCCAACAAGGGUGUUGUGGCCUUCAGGUUGCUUCCAAAUGGUAACAUGGUCCUCCUUGAUGCACGGGGAAAGUUUGUUUGGCAGAGUUUUGACCACCCCACAGAUACCCUUUUGGUUGGUCAGUAUCUUAGAGCAAAAGGGCCAUCCAAGUUGGUUAGUAGGCUCUCAGAGAAGGAGAAUGUAGAUGGGUCUUAUAGUUUGGUUUUGGAGUCUAAAGGGUUGGCCUUGUACUACAAGAGCAAGAACUUCCCUAGGCCAAUUCUGUAUUGGUUUUCAUCUGAUUGGUUCUCCAUUCAACAAGGCUCCUUGGAAAAUGUCACCCUCACUUCUGAUUCAGAGAGUUUUGAAAUUGGAUUUGAUUACUACGUGGCCAAUUCUUCCAACAAUGGUAAUAGAAUCAUUGGCAGGCCGGUGAACAAUAGCACCAUAACAUACCUUAGGCUUGGAAUUGAUGGUACCAUUAAAUUCCACACUUACUUCCUUGAUGUGCGUAGUGGAGUUUGGCAAGUGACCUACACUCUAUUUGACAGAGAUUCUGAUGAGAGUGAGUGUCAAUUGCCUGAGAGAUGUGGAAAAUUUGGGCUAUGUGAUGACAACCAAUGUGUAGCUUGUCCAUUAGAAAAUGGACUAUUUGGGUGGAGCAACAAUUGCACUGCCAAGACUGUGACAUCAUGCAGGACAAAUGAGUUUCACUACUACAAACUUGAAGGAGUUGAGCAUUACAUGAGUAAAUACACUAUAGGGGAUAGAGUAAGUGAGAGUAACUGUGGAAACAAAUGCACUAAGGAUUGCAAGUGUGUGGGUUAUUUCUACCACAGGGAGAACUCCAGGUGUUGGAUAGCUUAUGAUUUGCAAACCCUCACCAGAGUGACUAAUUCCUCACAUGUGGGGUAUAUUAAGGUGCCUAAUUAG